AUGAAUGGUUUUUCCUUGAACCUCGUCAAUGACUUGCUACGCCCCUGCUUCACUCGACAAAGAAGAGAGGCAGCAGGAGAGAGAAAGAACGUUCGAGAGAGCGAGAUGGAGAACGAGAGAGAGGAGAGGAGGCGGUGUUUAGUGACAAGAGGAGGAGAAACCUCCAGCAAGUCCGCUCAUCUUGUAGCCCGCAGUGUGCCAAAGAUGUUCUUCUCUCUGCUCCCUGUUGUGGCUCUAAUGCUGAGCACACAGUCUGCGGCGUCUGGCACCACCGACGACAGGCGACUGACUACUGUGGGCCAGCACUCCAAGGACAGAUCCUGGAACAGAUACAGAGAUGAAGCGGAGGAUGACUACUUCAAAAGCUGGGUGCCUGCCAGAUCUCUAGACCAAGAGCGAGAUACUAAGCCUGGAAGAUACGGACAUGUAGGGACCAAAACCCACAUCAGUUCUGGCAAGAAGGUGGUACAAGAUGGUUCUGACACCACCAAGGACCCCUGCCUUAAAGUCCGCUGCCCUCCUCAUAAGGUGUGCGUCAGCCAUGACUACCAAACAGCCAUUUGCACCAAUCGCAAGCAGCCAACUCAUAGUGUGAAAGCCCGGAAAGGCAGCUUGGGCCACAAGCAUAAGCUUGAAGCAGCCGCCCACUGCAACUGCAAAGUGUGUUCACCGCUCCAUUCCGAUCCAGUGUGUGGCUCCGAUGGACACACCUACUCAUCUAAGUGUAAGAUGGAGUUCCAGAGCUGCCUUGCCGGAAAGAUGAUCUCUGUGAAAUGUGAAGGACAAUGUCCGUGUUUGCCUGGACAAGUGCAUCGCAAAACGCCAUUGAAAACUGACAAGACCGUGUGCACCGAUACGCAACUGCAUAGCCUGGCCGCAAGACUCAAAGACUGGUUCGGAGUUCUCCACCUCGAUGCCAACAGAGAUCUCAAAUCCACCGACAGCUCCGACUCAGCCACCGGACACUUUGAUACCAGCAUCUUGCCCAUCUGCAAAGACUCCCUGGGAUGGAUGUUCAACAAACUAGACAUGAACUUUGACCUUCUGCUGGACGAGUCCGAGCUGAGCGCCAUCUACAUCGACAAGUACGAGCUGUGCAUGAAGCCCCUCUUUAACUCUUGCGACUCCUUCAAGGACGGCAAGCUCUCCAACAACGAGUGGUGUUACUGCUUUCAGAAGCCCGAAGGUUUGCCUUGCCAAGCUGAGAAGAGCAGGAUCCAGAAUCCCAGUCGAAGAAAGAGCCUCAUAGGUUCUUAUAUUCCUCGCUGUUCCGAGGAGGGCUACUUCAAACCCACGCAGUGUCACGGCAGCACCGGACAGUGCUGGUGUGUGGACAAGUACGGUAAUGAGAUCGCCGGCUCCAGAAAACAAGGCAACCCAAAUUGCGACGAAGACCAGGAGACAUCGGGCGAUUACGGCAGCGGCGGCGCGGUCAUCCUCCUCGACGACCAAGAGGAAGAAGCCUCGCAGGGUCGGCAGAAGAAGAGACGGGGCCGAAUGCACCCCCGCGAAAUCGCCGAAGACGACGACGACGAGGAAGACGACAAGGAUGACGAGAUGGGCUACGUUUGGUAG